AUGGAUGCAUUUAAUCUUGAUGAGUGGAAUAGUGCCGGAAGAGCUGUAGGUGAAUUUGGUUUAUGGAAAUAUUGGGGAUGGUAUUUUACAUUUCCACAUGAUACUUCACUUCUUUUAACAGGACAUUCACUUUCAGGAGUCAACUACUAUACCAACUUUCAGGGAAUGUGCAAUCCCAACUGGGGAGUAGCAUAUGUGUUUGUAUCAAGGGUUCACAUAUUUUUAGCUGCAACUAUUGCAGCACAUACACUAUGUCAUAACAUGGGUGUACAACACGAUGCAGGGCAGUGUGUUUGUUUUCGAAGAAGCAACUGUCUCAUGAAAACUCCACCUGGUCUUCGAGAUAUAAUGAGUAAUUGUUCUUUUGGUUUUCUUCAUGAAAGACUUUAUACAUGGGAUCCUUGUUUGAGCGCACCAAACAUACCAUAUAAAAAUUUUCCUUAUGUAGCUCCCUGUUGUGGAGACAAGAUCAAAAAUCAGCAGGAGGAAUGUGAUUGUGGCUCUAUUAAAGACUGUCUUGAUGAUAAGUGUUGUGAGACCAAUUGUGCCCUCAGACUUGGCAGUGAUUAUAAUACAGGGCGUUGCUGCAGGAACUGUAAAUAUGCUCAUCCUGGACUGCUUUGCAGGGACAUACUUGGUAUUUGUGAUCUACCAGAAUACUGUGGUGGGAAAAACGAGACAUGUCCAGAUGAUGUCUACAUUCAGGAUGGAACUCCAUGUUCAGCAGUAGCUGUUUGUGUGAGAGGAAACUGCAGUAACCACAAUUUGCAGUGUCAAGCCCUUUUUGGUUACCAAGUACAAGAUAGUAAACCAGCAUGCUACAAAAAAUUGAAUAUAAUGGGUAACUGAUUUGGAAACUGUGGGGUUAGGGUAAUACGAGGGGUAGGUCAACCUGUGAAGUGUGAAGAAGAUGACGUUUUUUGUGGAAUGCUGCACUGUAGAGGUAUCAAAACAAUUCCGGGUGGAGGUGAGCACACUACAUUUUGUAAACUAUUAGUACAAGAUGUUGCAUCAGAAGAAUGCUCUGGAUAUGAUGCACACUUCGGAACAGAAUUGCCAGAAAUGGGGCUUGUAGUGGAUGGUGCAACAUGUGGCCCAGGAAGAUACGGUAUGAGGCAGAAUUGUACUUUUUAUCAGGACAUGCAUUUUGAUUGUGAUGUGAGGCAAUGCAAUUUCAGAGGAGUGUGCAGCAACAAAAAACACUGUCACUGUGUUCAUGGUUGGAAACCAUGGACUUGUGAAGUGAGAGGGUUUAGUGGCAGUGUAGACAGUGGCCUUCCAUCUGAUUCUGAUAUUACUCUUCGAGCCAACAUACUUGUGAAUUUAAACUACUCGAUAAUUUUUAUGUUAAUUCGUUUCAGCUUUUUGCUGGUUGUGUUUAUCAUUGGUGGCCUUACACAAGCAACACGAUCUGUAGAAGAGAGAACAGUGGAAGUUACUCAAGCACCCGUAGGUACUAACCAUGCAUAA